GGCAGUUACUUGACUGCUUUCUGCGCUGAAAAAACGUCAGCAGAUUUAUUAACGGCCUGCCUUUACCCUUUGCGUUUAUUGUACUCGUCCAGAGUGCUGAAGUUUGUAACAAUGCACCGACAACUGAGAGGAGAGAGCGAUUACGAGCAGCUUCCUGACGACGUACCGGUUUCGGCCCACGUCGCUGAUGUGCAACCGGGCAAAGGAAUCUCUGGCUACUUUCUGUUUGUCAUCCAGGUGAAGAUGAAAGGCGGGGGUAGAUACUUCAUAUUCCGUCGUUACCGGCAAUUUCACAACCUCCAGUCCAAGCUUAAGAUGAAGUUCAGCCCAGAGAAUAACAAGAGCUACAACACAUGCGUCUUGCCUGAGCUCCCAGGGAAAGUUUACCUCGGCAACAAGCAAGAGAUUGCAGAGAAACGAAUACCUGAACUCAAUAUGUACAUGAAGAAAGUACUUGCCCUUCCGGCCUGGUUCCUCCUUAAUGAAGAUCUCCGGAUUUUCUUCCAUCAGACCACAGAAGAUUGCAAGCAGGUUCCAAACUCUCUCCGGAGACUGAGGCCACCCACUCGGAAAGUCCAAUCCAAAACAACAAAGGGCACACAGAGCACAGAACCAGAGGUCCCGAGGGCAGAGGCUCUGUAUAAUUUUACUGGGGAAAAUGACCUGGAAUUGACGUUCAAGGCUGGCGACAUUAUCUAUCUACUAAACAAAGUAAAUGAACAAUGGUUGGAGGGCAUUCACUGUGGCAACACAGGCAUCUUCCCAAAAUCCUUUGUGAGAAUCAUUAACGAUUUAUUGGAAGAAGUCCCCGCUACAUAUAAAGAAGAGAGUUCUGCGGUCCACCAAUUGCGAUGUGUCUACCAUGAUGACUACUGUUGUGAAAUUAGGGAUAUCUAUUUGAGAAGUGGCAUCUCUCUACAGCCGGAAUAUACAUUUCUUCUCUCCUUGAUGAGGACCAAGUUUGCAAACGAGGCCAUCGCCCUGAACUACCGUGACCCAGAAGGGGAUCUGGUCCGCAUCACAGACAACAUGGAUGUGGAACUGAUGGCACUGGAGGCAGAAGAGAAACCCAGGGUCACUAAACCAGACUUUGCCCCAUGGCAACUGCAUGUAACAAGGAAGGACGACCUGUCUGUGUACAACACCCACCUGUGAAUAUGUUCCCACUUACCACUGUGUUAAAGGGUCAGUUAUUUUGCAGAACCACAAUAUAGAGAAAAAAUAUUAUCAGGACCUUUUAUUAAAGAAGAAUUCAGAUGUUUUUCA